GAGGUGCGGACAACCUGGAAGUCUCUGUUGCACCCUCAGAAGUCUGCCCGACGUUCUCACCCAGCCACUUUGAUGAUGGAGCGAUCCACCCGGGAGCUGUUCCUCAAUUUCACUGUUGUCCUAAUUACGGUUCUCCUCAUCUGGCUCCUUGUGAGGUCCUAUCAGUACUAGAGGCCAUGCCACCCUCCGGGGAUUGACUGAGAUGCUCUGAAGCUGUGUGCUGCAUGCCCUGAGACCUCGUUCUUGUCACUGUCAUGGGAUGCUGUUCUUGGCAUGCCCAGGCCUCUGACCUGCACUCACAAUGCCUGAUGUGCCCCAGCACUAGGAUUGAUUAUGUGUUCUCUAAAUAUGCUGCUCUCACAGGCUGCCAAGUGUUUGCCAGUGAGCAUUAGAUCUAUUCCCCAACUCUUAUUGCAAAUGUGUUAGACAAGCCACAGGUUAAAUGUAAACUGGAUUCAUGAUGAUGUAGAAUUAUAGCAAGCCCCUGAUUUGUCUCCCCACAUAUCCUUCCAACCCACACUGUCUGUAACCAAACUCUAAUUAAAUGCCAGAAGAAAUGUUAGAGGAAGUCUUUGUCAGACACUUUAGCUAUCAUGUGAAUAAAACUAAGUCAACAUAAAAA